CAUCUCUGUUCUCCACCUUCAGAUAUGUCACCGGUGGUGGCAGGCCUUAUCGGGGCCUCUGUACUGGUGGUGUGUGUCUCGGUGACCGUCUUUGUCUGGACAUGCUGCCACCAGCAGACAGAGAAGAAGCACAAGAACCCACCAUACAAGUUUAUUCAUAUGCUCAAAGGCAUCAGCAUAUACCCAGAGACCCUCAGCAACAAAAAUAAAAUUAUCAAAGUGCGAAGAGACAAAGAUGGCCCUGGGAGGGAAGGUGGACACGGGAACCUGUCGGUGGGUGCAGCAGAGGCUGGCCUGCUGGGCCGAGACAAGGGUCCCAGGCCCCCCAGUUCUGGAUCUUGUCUUGGCCAAUUACCCAUCAAAGUGGACUAUGGGGAAGAACUGAGGAGCCCCAUUGCAAGCCUAACCCCCGGGGAGAGCAAAACGAGUUCUCCAUCAUCUCCAGAGGAGGACGUCAUGCUGGGGUCCCUCACCUUCUCGGUGGACUAUAACUUCCCCAAAAAAGCCCUGGUGGUGACAAUCCAGGAGGCCCAUGGGCUGCCCGUGAUGGAUGACCAGACCCAGGGCUCUGACCCCUACAUCAAAAUGACCAUCCUUCCUGACAAGAGGCACCGGGUGAAGACCAGAGUGCUGCGGAAGACCCUGGACCCUGUGUUUGACGAGACCUUCACCUUCUACGGCAUCCCCUACAGCCAGCUCCAGGACCUGGUGCUGCACUUCCUAGUUCUCAGCUUUGACCGCUUCUCUCGGGACGACGUCAUUGGGGAGGUCAUGGUGCCACUGGCUGGGGUGGACCCCAGCACAGGCAAGGUACAGCUGACUAGGGACAUCAUCAAAAGGAACAUCCAGGUGAGGAGGAAGUGUGUGUUGGGGAGGGAUGGUAGGUUGGGGGAGACAAGAUCUUAG